AUGAAGAAAUCAACAACGUAUAAUUUGAACUUGAUCAUCAAUAUCAAUAAGCCAGCUGAUAUUCUUGAAGGUAUAUGUGAAUGUGUUGCUGGAAGUGGUCCACGAGCUGCUUGCAAGCAUCUAGCUGCUCUUUGCUUCGCCUUACUUGAUUAUGAUCAGAACAAACUAUAUGAAGCUUGUACGGAACGUUUACAGGAGUGGCAUCAACCGACGCGACGAUCCACAAAUCCAAUACCCCUGCUGGAUAUAAGAUUCACCUGUCUUCAACACAAUAGAGUUGAAGAAAAAAUGUCGAAAUACUGGAAAUUUUUAGAAGAAUAUUCUUACGUACCCGCAGCAACGACAACUUUACGUCGACUACUUCUCAAAUAUGAUCAACAAUCAACUGCUGCUGCUUGCUUUCUUUUACCACAACAAACAACUACUUCAUUCAUAACUCUUCCUGCUCGUGUUGUCGAUCAAGUUUCAAUUCUUUCAGGUUAUUCGAUCGAUUAA